GAUAAGAUUGGAGUCAUGUGACCGUUUCAGUUUCUUCAGGCUUCCUUUUCAAUCCCACAUGGAAAUUGUCAAGUCGGUGUUGCUAUCUCUCCUGAAGCUACAGCAGAAAACCUAAUUCUGAGGUCAGAAAGUUUGCCCACCAACUUGCGGUGGAAUACAACAUAAAACAUCCACAAACCUGGGAUGCCAAGAACAUGGCGGGGCCUGAUUGGUUUAGCUCAUUCAUGAAACGGAACCCUAGACUUUCAGUCAGGAGUCCACAGGCAACGAGCCUGUCAAGGGCCACCAGUUUCAAUCGUACUAAUGUGGAGCUCUUCUUCAAUCGGCUGGCAGAGGUUAUAGAUAAAAACACUUUUGAUGGAAGUGAUAUAUGGAAUGUUGACGAAACCGGUGUGACAACAGUCCAGGCACCAUCCCAAGUUGUAGCACGCCGGGGUGUAAAGCAGGUUGGUGCCAUGACGUCGGGGGAGAGGGGCACACUUGUGUCAGUGGCUUAUGCGGUGCAAGCGCUGGGGAAUACCAUCCCCCCAUUUUUUGUGUUCCCUCGUAAGAAUUUUAAAGAUCACUUUGUUCAUGGCGGGCCAUUGGGGAGUGCAGGAAGUGCUAAUACAUCAGGCUGGAUGCAGGAAGAGGAUUUCCUAUCAUUCCUCGGUCACUUUGUGAAGCAUACAAAGGUCAGUCCAGAAAGAAAGGUGUUGCUCCUGCUUGACAACCACUCCUCUCACAUCUCUGUGAGAGCUGUGGAUUUCUGCAAAGGCCAGGGAAUUGUGCUUCUCACAUUCCCACCGCAUUGCAGCCAUAAACUGCAACCACUUGAUCGCAGUGUGUUCGGGCCGUUUAAAAGGAUGGUAAAUUUGGCAAGCGAUGACUGGAUGAGGGGGAAUCCAGGCAAAACGAUGAGCAUCUACGACAUACCAGGCAUCGUGAGGAUCGCUUUUCAAACAGCCGCAACACCGAAGAACAUACAAGCGGGCUUUCAGUGCACAGGCAUAUGGCCUUACAAUUGUAACAUUUUCCAGGACUGUGACUUUGUGCCUUCUCAAGUCACAGAUCGGCCUGAUCCAUCUGGGGAUCUUAAACAGAACUCCUCUCAAGCCCACCUGCCGCCCGGCUUCUCUCCAGCUCACCUGCCUCCAGGUUCCUCUCUAGGCCACCUGCAUUCCGGUGAGAUGCCAAGCACCUCAGGUCAGUCGUUCAGUCCAUCACUUAUCAGGCCAUUUGCAAAAGCAGGCCCAAGGAAAGAUACAGGUAGGGGUAGGAAGAAGAGGUGCUCGGAAAUCCUCACUGAUACACCAGUGAAGCUGGCAUUGGAAGAGGAGGAGCGUCGGAAAGGAAAAAACAUCAGAAAAAAAAUCCUGGAGAGUGAGAAAAUUAAAACCAAGAAGGCAAAAAAACCUGCCAAGGAAAGGGUGAAGGCUGAUGACUCCUCCUCUGAAGAUGAUGAUGAUCUCUGUGUAAUCUGUAUGGAGCCAUUCAAAAAUUCCAAAUCCAAAGAAGUGUGGGUCAAGUGUGUUUUGUGUAAGUUUUGGGCCCAUCAAGCAUGCACUCCUGGCCUGACCAAUUUCAUUUGCCAGCAUUGUGAUUCUGACUAACAAUGCAUUUCAUUUGUUUGUUCUUGUAAGAUUUCAGUCUUUAAUUCCCUUGUUUUUUUGUCCCAAAAUUCACACACAUAGUAUUGUUGCUGCCAUUAAUUUGAAAUAAAAUGUUGUUGUGGCAUAUCA